AUGAGAAUCCUAGCUAGCACUCUGUUCCACGGUGUCACGGUGUGGCGUCGUUCAUCAGAUUCUGAUUCUGGCAUGUUCACUGGUUCGUCCUGCUCUAGGACUACUAGGUUAGUGUCCCAGCGGUGUGAAGCAGUAUUGAGGUUGCUAACAAUUGGCACCGGAGCCGUCGAUUCUCGAAACCCUAGCACCAUGAAUCCCCAUACUGAGAUCUCUCCUUCUACCCAGUCCCUCCUCGACGAGAUCCACAGGAGGUUCGAUGAGGCUGAUGCUCGUUGGGACCGACGCUUCGCCAGGCUGCAGCAACUCGCACGCGGACGCGCUCCCUCCUCCUGCAACGACGACUCUGGCGCCGCCCCCGUGGACGCGCUCGUCACCUCCGCCGACCCCGACGCGCCGCUCGACGCCGUCCAGAAGGUCGCCAUCGCGCUGCCCCACAGCUCCAAGUCGUCGUGCCUCGGCUCCGUCCUCGAGUCCGACCUCGCCUGCCCGGAGCAGGUCGCCGUUGACGCUGCGACGUCCGCGUGCACCACCACCAAGCAGAUCGAUGCCGUGGUGGUCGCCGACAACUGGGAUGGGCUGUUCGAGCAGCCUGCCCUAGUUAACGAGGAGCAGCACGCCGACGGGAACCAGGAUUCGAGCGAGCGCAAGCCCACGUCGGGAGCAGGCUACCAGCACCUCCACCACCUUGGCGGUGCUUCCCCGGCGUCCGUCUCCCUCGCCAAGUUCUCCUCGCACCCCGCGGUGGACCCGCAUACGCCCCUACCGUUCGGCACCACGCUCGAGGUUAGCGUCGACGACGAUGGCCUCCACGGCUCCUGGUUCGAGGCCGCCACCCUCGACUUCGAGUCCGCGCGCAGCCGCCGCAUUCCGGCGCCGUUCAGCGUCGAGUACGCGUGCCUCCUCGCCGACGUCGCAGGCGUGCUCGCGGAGCUCUCCUCCAACCUCGCCGCAGACUCUGCCAGCGCCUUGGCCACGCUCUGCGCUCUCCCGCCGACAAUGCACGCCGCUCGCCUUCGUCGACGCGCGUCUUCCCCGAGGAUUCACGCCCGUCCGGACCACUUCGUCCUCGGCUUCGCCUACACUGAGCUCGCCACUACGCCCGUCAGGAAGCUCUUCCAGUCGACCUCUGCUAGCUUCUACAUCGACGUCGCCCCCAACAAUACAGCUGACUACGUGCCCACCAAGUGUUCGAUGUAUUGCUGUAGUGUCUUCACUUCCAUGCUGACCAUAGCACUGAGCAAGUCUUCUCCAAUCUGGGUGUCCGCCGAGGUCGACAACAACUUUGACAAGCGACUGUGGCCGCCACCCUCUCAAGCUCAAGUGUUCAGCGAGCAAGGAUGUGUCCAUAUGGCCAGUGAUAUAAAUGUCCUAAUUCUGUUGCUAGCUGGUGAGCUAAUUCAAGAGCAAAAGCAGAAGAAUCACAAUGGAUGCAGUAGCAAUACAAAUCUCAUAUUCACAAAACCACAAGACUCAGUUCAGUUUUGUAUUUCUUUCACCUUGACCAAUAGUUGUUCCAUGAAUUGGGUUGUUAGUUGGAAACCACCAUGGCCGAUACAACUUCGCCAACAAAUCAGGUACAGAGCUGUGACAAGUGCUUAUUACAGAAGUGCACUGGGAGCCUUGCUGCUCUAUGACAUCCCCAGACGCCAGAGCUUCCAUCAUAUACCCUGCUGGCUAGAUGCACAAACCCAGGAUGUCAAGAACAUUGUGAUCAUGCUGGUUCGCAACAAGAGUGAUCUCGAGGAGCAGAGCCCAGGAACUCUAACCACAACUGACAUUCUGGCUUUAAAGAGGGCUAUAUCUGAAAGUCAUCAGAAGUUGGCUGAUCAGUUAGCUGAAGCUGCUUGCCAGUCUUCUAUAGUGGUGUUGAGCUUCGAGCUGCAGUUUCUGCUCUCAAGAGACUUGAUGAUGGACCUCGUGUUCCAAGCUGUUUGUUCAGUGCACGCAAUCAGGGACUUCCGUUUUAUGAAGACUGAGCCUUUAGCACUUAGCGAGGCUAUAUGCAGCUCAAUGCUGGAAAGUGGGUACAUUGUCCAUUAUUGUCAAGCAAACUACAAGUUUUCAUAG